AUGGGCUUGGGCCAUUCCUUUGCCAGCGCUAUAGCGCUGGUCGCUCUGCACUCCCUCGGCGCGCUCGCCGUCAGCGCCCCGCACUGCGUCGGCGCCAACUCGCAGGUGUGCUUCACCUGGGGCGUGCCGUCGGCCGCGAUCCAGUCGGGCACGGGCAACGUCUACUUCCAGCUGCGGGCGCCGGCGACGUACGCGUGGGCGGGCCUCGGCAUCGGCAGCCGGAUGAGCGGCGCGCAAAUCUUCCUCAUGUACAAGGACGGCACCGGCAACGUCACGCUCAGCACGCGCACCGGCACCGGCCACGUCAUGCCGCAGCACACGCAGCGCCCCGCCGUGGCCCUGCUCGCCGGCUCCGGCGUCGUCGACGGCCAAAUGAUCGCCAACGUCCGCUGCGCCGACUGCGCCCCGAGCGCCAGCCUGUCCGCCGCCAGCGGCUGGCUGUCGGCGUGGAAGGCCACCGGCGCCCUCAGCUCCCAGGACGUCGCUGCCCGCAUCGACUACCACGACGACCACGCCGUCUUCCAGAUCGACCUCGGACAGGCCGCCCUCGCCGAGGAUGAGAACCCGUUUGUGGCCAGUAGCGGUGGGAGUGGCGGCAGCUCCGGCGGCGGUACCAACGACGGGACUGGAAACGACGGGACUGGAAGCGGCGGGACUGGAAGCGGCGGGACUGGAAGCGGCGGCAGCAUCGUCUCCCCAGGCGGCGGCGGCUCCGGCUCUGGCGUAUCCCCCGCGCUUCGCUAUGGUCACGGGGUCCUGAUGAUGAUUGUCUGGGUCAUCUUGUACCCUGCCGGCGCUCUUCUGAUGCCCCUCCUCGGCAAGUGGAUAUUCCAUGCCGCGUUCCAGACUAUUGCCUUCCUGGCCAUGUGGGCAGGCCUUGGGCUGGGUUAUGUCAUGGCCGAUCAACUCGGCAUUUUCUGGCAAAACACGCACACUCGUCUCGGAAUCAUUGUCUGCGCCUUGAUGUUCCUGCAGCCCAUCCUAGGCGCCCUGCAUCAUCGGAGCUUCAAGAGCGCCGGACGCCGCGGCCCGCUGAGCCACAUUCACGUGUGGUACGGCCGCGCCCUCAUGAUCCUGGGCAUCAUCAACGGCGGCCUGGGCCUGCAGCUGGCCAACGCGGGCAUGCCUUUCCGUACCGCGUACAUUGUGCUCUCCGCCGUCAUUGCCGGAUCCUAUUUCCUGGCCAUCCCCUGGUUAGAGCUGAGAAAGGCCAAAUCGGCCAGGAAUCAGCCCAUAGGCAGCCCUUCACGAAAGGGCCUGGCUAGGAGUGCGGCCUCUGACGAGACUUCAAGUCGCCUCCGCCUCAGGCAGAAACUUGGAAACCAGCCACGGGCUAAGCCGGGGGAGAAGAGACCCAGCCAAGGUCGACAUCACGAUUUUCACAAAACCCUCAGUCCAUCCUGCCAAUCUCGGGUUUUCCCAUUGAGCAACGCCAACCCAUCCAAAAUGCUCAGCCAAAUCUCUCGGGUCGCUCGCGCCCGCUCCGUCAUUGCCACCGUCUCGCGAUCGGUACAGACAAGGACCUUUAUUGCUCCUACCGUCUCUCGCAGAGCCGACUUUGUCCAGGAGCUGUACCUCAAGGAGCUCAAGGCCUACAAGACGCCCGCCGUCAAGGAGAACGACUCGGUCGGCCAGGUCCAGACAUUUUCCGAGCCCAAGACGCCCAAGUCCCCCGAGGAGGCCGACCUCGCCAGCAGCCUGCAAGAGUACGAGAGCAUGGCCGUCGAGAUUGAGGGCCAGGACGCCGCGCAGCAGUCUGGCACCCCCGCCGUCCUGCCCGACUGGCUCGAGGCCGAGACCGAGGAGGCUCCCAAGCACUAA